CUCUCACCUUGAAAUUGCAGAAACGUCCAAGUUCCUCCCAUCAUGAGCUUUCCUUGGAGGUGAGAAGUGAGCACCGGGAGAUAUCAUUUUCAUUUGCAGCUGAUAUUACAGAAGCUCUUUCUUUAGGGGGCUAGAAAGGAACUAACCACAUGGACAUGGCUGCCAAGAUAGAGUUAGGAUCCCAAACUGUCCAAGAGCUGCUCGGAAAAGGCAAAGCGAAACAAGUGCCUGAGAAAUAUAUCCAUAAAGUUGGAGCCCCAAAUGCUUCUUCGGCCCAGUUGAUGGAUAUACCAGUCAUUGAUCUUGGCCUCCUCCUCACACCAUCCUCAAUCACUGCACAACAACUUGAGAAACUUCGAUCAGCUCUUACCACAUGGGGUUGCUUUCAGGUAAUAAAUCAUGGCAUGACACCUGAAUUCCUAGACGAGGUCCGCGAAAUGACCAAACAAUUUUUUGCACUUCCAGUGGAAGAGAAGCAGAAAUACUUGAGACAAGUCAACGAUAUUCAAGGAUAUGGGAACGACAUGGUUUUUUCAGAACAACAAACACUUGAUUGGUCUGACCGGCUAUACCUUUCUGUAUAUCCAGAAGAGCACCGAAAGCUCAAAUUUUGGCCUCAAAAUCCCAAAUCUUUUAGUGAAACUUUAGACCAAUAUACGAUGAAGUUACAAGUGGUAACAAAAACUGUCCUGGAGGCCAUGGCAAGGUCAUUGAAUUUGGAUGUUAAUUGCUUUCGGGACCUGUAUGGAGAACAAGGGAAAAUGGAUGUGAGGUUUAACUUUUAUCCUCCUUGUUCGAGGCCUGAUGUUGUCCUGGGUGUGAAACCGCAUGCAGAUGGAACAAUAAUCACCCUUCUCUUGCAAGACAAACAAGUGGAAGGUCUUCAGUUUCUGAAAGAUGAUCAGUGGUUUAGAGCUCCCAUUGUUCCUGAGGCGCUUCUCAUUAAUGUCGGUGAUCAGGCAGAGAUAUUGAGCAAUGGAAUUUUCAAGAGCCCUGUACACAGGGUAGUGACAAAUCCAGACAAGGAGAGGAUCUCUUUGGCUGCCUUCUGCAUCCCGGAAUCAGAUAAAGAUAUUGAACCCUUUGAAAGCCUGGUCAAUGAGUCAACGCCAAGAUUGUACAAAAAGGUAAAAAAUUAUGUUGGCAUCUAUUUCGAAUACUACCAGCAGGGGAGGAGACCAAUUGAAGCAGCAAAAAUUUAAACUUACCCUUAUAUUUCUCUCUGACCAUCUAUUACACGGGGGUGGAUGCAUGGCACUCUGUUUGUUACAUAAGUUUUGACACAAGUUUUGCAGUAUUAGAUUAAUGCACUAUAAAUGGCUGAGAUUAAAUCUCACAACUAAUUUAUUCUUUUUAAUAAAUUAUGAAGAGACAUAAGCUGCCUGCAAACGUUUUCCUCCUUUCUGUUCGAGGUAAUUAACUUUUGAUUGUCAAAUCUACCUUCUUUUUUAUU